AUGAAAUUAGGAAUGCUGAUCUUUACUAUUACUGAAGUGUUUUAUUAUUUUCUUAUUACAGUUGUUUUGUGUGUACUAGUAUCACAACUUGUUAUUCAGGCAAGAUCAUCUAUUGGAGCAGCUGAUCCACUAGCAAUAACUGGUCUAGUAAUCCUGUUAUUGUGUAUGAUAUGCAUAAUGGUGUCCAUUGGAAUUCAGCCUACUUCACAGGCUACAGUAACCUACAAGGUUCCGUUUGUACCCUUAUUUCCAGCUAUUGGUAUCCUCAUUAAUAUAUUUUUGAUGAUGAUGCUGGAUGGAGUGACAUGGAUAAAAUGUGGAGCAUGGACCCUUAAAGGAUUAGUGAUCUACAUUGUGUUUGGGUUUUGCUGCCGUUAUAAAAAAUGGAAGAGUGCUUCAAACACUUCACCAAGAACGAGUCGGAAUAGUGUGGUGGUACAGAAGACAUCAAGUAGACGGUGA